AUGGCGCGAUCUAUCUGGCUAGGAAUCUUCCUGGCGUGUCGUUCGUCACUAGCAGGAAAUCCGAUCGGUGCAGGGCUUCCGAGCAGCGCCACAUGCAAGAAGAAGUUCACGGACGACAACGUUUGCAAGACCACCAGUGGUGUAGAGUGCAACUGGCGCGAGAUGGCCAAUUUCGGCAAAUGCUGGUUCUCGGAAACGCACGGGUCGAACCCGUGCCAGCCAAAGCCAAUCGCAGGAACGUGGACCACCGCCAAGGCUGAGUUCGACCGCCCAUCGGCUGGAGUUUGCGUCACCGUCCCACCAGGUGGACGAAACCUUUUGCUGGAAGUGGACGGCUCCGGGCAAACUCUGAGUGGAGGUGUAGUGGGAGAUCCGCACAUCCAUACGUUGGACGGAAACGAGUUCGACCUCUACGACAAAGGAACUUACUCGGUGUUCCACUACGGCGGUACCGGUGACGUCGAUUGGCAACUCUACGCAACGUAUGGAGGUCCGCUUUGGACAGUCCAAGGCUUGCUGUUGGUGGAUCGAUCCCAAGGUCACGUCCGACAGGCUAUGGAGCUGACGUCAGAGGACUGCCAGUGGCGCAGCAAGACAGGGCAUGCGUCGUGGUCAGUCAUCGAGCGAAAUGCAUCGCUGUCCUUGCUGGAGGGGGGCGAGUACGUGACGGGCUUCGAGUAUGUCAACGAAAAGCACGUCAACCUUGGCAUCAACACCCCUCAUGGCAAGAAAGAAGUUCUUGUCCUCAACACGGAGCGUGGUGUUAUUGCUCGCGAGGUGGGCCGCUUCUUUGCCCGGGCUUUGGCUGGCAUGCACCGUGGUCAGAGCGGGACUGUUUGCGAGGACCGUGGCCAGCUGCGUGUGAUGUCGGACGCUGACGAAGGAGACGGCAGCGAGAGCGAGGAGAGUGUGCCGAGAAGGCCGUUUGAACUCAACUUUGUGUACCAUAGCGGCCGCACGGAUUUUGACUUUUCAGUGGGCACCCUUUCGGUUGGAGAGGAGUCUGCUAAGAAGACCGUUGCUGCCAUUUUCAUUUCUGAGCAUGACGGAAAGAUUGUCACGGCUCUCCCUCAUAAGGCCUGGGACCGCAAGACUAGCAAGCGGACCUUGAGCAGUCCUUUUUCGAAGGCCUCCCUUUGUGAGGUCAUGGCCGCUUCUGCUGCCGACCGUUCUAAGCCAGCCGAGUUUUCUUUGAAGAUUUGGGUCGGACUCCUGAGUUCUGAUGUUGCUGCUGCUGCCUCCUUUGUCGGGCCUGGCAAUGACAGUGAUAUCCGCUUCCUGAACCCCGAGUCUGGCCCCUGCCUUCCUUUUGCUGAAGCCUUGGUUCAGGUUUCCGAUUCUCAGUUUGGUUUUGCCACGGCCCCGUCAGGCCGAGAUGUUCACGAGGCUAGGUUUGCUGCCAUUGAAGCCUCUUUGGCCCAGAUUUCUUCUGCUAUCAGCCGGGUGAUUGGCCCGCCGGCCGGUCCAGCUCGCAGUGUAGGUGCGACAGCCAAGCAGCCAGCCAAGAAGCCGAAGAAGUCCGAGCUGGGAGCCGUGCGGCCCACGACUCAGGGAUUGGUCCUGCUGACCUUCGUGAGAUACAGGGCCUUCGCAAAGCAACGGCCCUCCUUGGGCGAUUUUCCUGUCCGGGCUGAUGAGGAGCCUGUGCCUGGCGUCGGUGCCCUUUCUGCUGCUGCCUCUUCCCUUGGCGAAGCUGAUGCCGAGGUCGAGGCCCAACUAGGUGCGAGUCCUAUUGAGACGGCCGUUCUCAGUUUGACUAAGAUUGUUGGGGAGCUUGCUAGAGCGAAGCGGGCCCCAGAUGCGCAUGCCUCGCCUCUCGACCGUGCUCUGGAUAGAGCCGAGGGGCUGCUUCCCUCAAGUGAUUCUUCCUCCAGCGGUGGAUCUAGCCGGUCGAAAGGAGCCGCCUACAGGAUCCUUCGGGAGACCCUCUCCUCAGAUCCUGCCCAGAUCUUCACCAGCAUCGAGAAUCAGCUCGAGGAGGACCUGCUAUCACGGAGGGUCGGCUCGGCUUUGCAAGACUCGAGGGCAACAAGCAGAGCAUGGCUUGAGUAUCGAUCGCAUGUCGGAAACUUCCCGACGACCGUGCGCAUGGCUUGGAGUGUAUGCGGCAUAUGGGAUGCGCUGAGGGCUGGCCGUCAUGACGAGGCCCGUGCACGCUGCGCCUUAUGCAUAGCUGCCUGCGACCAACAGGCCUUUGACAAUGGUCAGUGGACUCUCGCGGAGCAGUUCCUACUCGAACAACCUCCGCCGCUAUCCGCUUUUGCGGGAAAGCGGAACGCCUCUUCUGAUGCCACCGAUACCUACCAUACUAGGCUUGUUGAGCCGAGGUGGGCAGAGCUGUGCUUGCACAAGGUCCGUGAGCUUGAGCAGCACUUGGAGGCGAAGAAGAAGUUGGGAGGAAAGGGACGCGGCCGCGGAGAUUGGGAUGCCGACGGCCGUCAGGACAAAGGUGAUAAAGCCGACAAGGGUGCACCCAAGGGAGGGCGGGUGCUUGGCUACUUGGUCUCGGCCUCCUGCUUGCGUUUGCCUGCUGUCCUCGACCUGCUCACGCCACGUGUUUCAAGCUCGCCUGGCCCCUUUGGUUCGGCCUUCUUCCGGAGCACUCUUUCGGAGUGUUCUCCCUGUGGCAACCGUGCUGCUUUGGAGCUGAUCGCUUUGGUGUUUGACUCCCUCGCAGCCGAGCCUUUCUCUUCUUCGGUGCAUCGCGCCUGGGAUCGUAUUGCUAAUGCUGUGUCGUUGUGGGACUCCGCCCUUCCUGUGGAUGCUGCCGCAAUGGGCAGGACUGCUGGAAAAGUGGAGCGUGUCGAAGAGCAGGUCAGAGCUCUGGCCGUCCUGAGCCCAGAUGCUGCUCCCGGCCACUUUACUGACUUCAACCUAGCAAAAGACAUUGAGGUUGGCCGGCUGAGCCUUCCUAGCGAGCCUCCGGUCUUUGACCCGGCUCCUUUUCUGGAUCGGCCUAUGCGGUCUCUUUACCUUACUCCGAGUGCACAUGCUUGGCCGGUCGAGGAAGCAGCUGCUCCACCUCCUCGCGUGCAGUUCCGCUGCCCCGACAAGCAGUCCCAACUGGAUUUCCUUGCUGCCCUCGAUGCUAGCCACCGCCUGCAGCUUUUCGACGAAGACCGUUUUGAUCAUAGGACAGUCUGUGGCGUCUUCGCUCUCCCCAAGAGCAUCGAUGCUGAUCGACUUAUUGUCGAUGCUCGCCCUUCCAACCUUUGCAUGCCGACAGACGUCAGGUGGCUCUCCACGAUGGGCUCAGCAUCGGCCCUUCUUGGGCUAGAGCUGGCGCCUCACCAGCAGCUCUACCUUUCAGGCGAUGAUAUAAAGGAUUUUUACCAUCAGUUUAGGGUCACGACCGACCGGGCAGCCCAAUACCGCAUCGUUGGUUCCUUCAAGCCCCGCGACCUUUCGCAUCUUUCCUGCUUCGAGCCGGGCCUUUGGAAGUCCCGCCGCGUCGUUGCUGCAUUGUGUUGCAUGGCUAUGGGGGACUGCAAUGCUGUGUCUGUUGCCCAGUCUGCUCAUGUUGGACUGAUCCUUCAAGCUCAGGUGGUAGGGUGGGAUGAGCUUCUUGUGCACAAAGGGCCCGUGCCCCGAAGUCCUGCCAUGUUGGGGCUCGUCAUAGACGAUGUGAUCGUCAUCGAGAGAGCGUUGCGGCAUGAGAAGAAAGCCUUCUUCGCCUCUGACUCUGCUACCUUUUGGGGCGCCGACGUCCUUGGUGAGCUUGGUCUUGUGCGUCCUGCCUGGAGCCGCUUGAUCCCGCUUGCUGUUUUGACCGCAACUGUGUUGGAACUGCCAGUUGUUACGGUUUCUCUCUUGGAGACUUUGGCAGGCUCCUGGGUCGCCGCCCUCUCUUUCCGGCGCCGCUGUCUCUGCCUGCUUGACCAGGUCUACCUUCUGCAGAGAGGUCGCGAGCGGCACGAGCUGGUGCGAGUCCCGCCGUCUUUGCGUGCUGAGCUCUUCAAGCUUUGUGUUCUCGCGCCGCUCUUAGCCACUGUCCUCCGCGCUCAGAGCUGUGGGCUUGUGGUGGCUUCGGACGCCUCCUCCUCGCUGGGUGCUGUUGUCACAGCUCGCGUUUCCCCUGACCUUGUUCGUGAACUGCUGAGGCAUACUCCGACAAAGAGUCUUUGGAACAAACUGCUUUCGCCUGUCAACGCGCUUUUACGCGAGCACCAGCAGUUGGAGGUCGAGUGCGAAUUGCCUGGGGAAAUUUUUCGCACUCAUCCGCUCUGGACCCUGGUCGCACGAACACUGCACUUCAGGCUCCACUCAGUUUUCCGACGGAGGCGCAGAGAUCACAUAAACGUCAAAGAGAUGGAUGCGUAUCUCUCCGCCGAGGAGUCGUUGUCCCCGUUUGGUUGGGAAUCGGCCAGAACGCUCUCUCUGUUGGAUUCCCAAGUGGUGCUCGGCGCCUUGCUGAAAGGCCGAUCGAGCUCGUUUUCCAUCAACGCCCGGCUGAGAGCAUCAUUGCCAGGGCUCUUGUUUUUUAACCUCUUCCCGCAUUACGCUUACAUAGCCUCGGAAGACAACCCCAGUGAUGACCCUACUCGAGAGCGUCCGGUGAGGGAGCCGGCUCUUCCCGAACCUGUUUGGCUUAGAGAAACCGAGUUAGGCCGCUUUGAGGCCCUUGACUCCUUUCUGCUCAGUGUUGAGAGGCAUCCUUUCCAGAUGCUAGGCUUUGAUCUCCUUCACAAGUCCUUUGCUGAGCGCCUUGGCACCCCUGGCUUUUACGGUGCAGCAGAGCCUCCGCCUUUCACCUGUGUGCCCGCGUCAGACCAGAGUCCUGAGGCAGUUCCUUUGGCCUUUCGGCAGGCUGCCUCCCCUCUCGGGGCGUUUUGUCUUGCCCGGGUACCUCUGUCUCUACGCUGGAAGUCGGUCGGAUCUGUUGCGGCCUGCCCUUCAGAGCCAGAUCAUUUCGCCUGCCUGUCCUACCUUCAGUGCUGCUUCCUACCCUGCCUACCGGUUAAAGCCUUGCUUGAAGACUGGCCAUCGCUUGGCUACUGGGUCUACGACCACUGCGCCUACGGUAGACCUUGGCAAAAGAGGACCCGGAUCCUCACAAACACCGCCCUGGCUGGCAGCAGCAAGCUUUGCCCAGGUGGACACAAGCACAAGGUUCUGCGUGGCAGGGCCUCUGGCACUACAGAGAACUGGACAAAACUGGCCGAGCAUCCUCCGCAGCAAGCUAGUGUAGACCUUGCCAUGGCCCUCGCGGACGCUGCUGUCUGUGCCGACCUGACUGUAAGCAGUUGUGUUUUGGACGACAACAAGAGACUUGGCGAAGCGUGCAACCCAGGACCUGCUCGAGCUCGACCUCGUCGCCAAGGCUCUCUUUUCGAUGUCGAACUCGUGACAAAGGAGACGGCUGCUCUCAGGACGAGAAUCUGGGACAGCUUUGUGGCUUGGCUUAGGGAAGGGCUGUCGGAGAGUGCUGUUUUGGCACUUUUCGCCUGCCCUCCUCUUCUUUCCUUGGUGCUGAGAGACUACGCCGACGAGCUUUACAAAGUGGGUGCUCCUUUGGGAAUGUACAGGCAGUUGCUUGCACAUUCCCAGAGAAGGCUGCCUCUCCUGAGGCCCCAUCUCAAGCCAGCCUGGGAGAUGGUUUGGAGGUGGGAGGAGUUACAGCCUAUCUCGCAUAGGACUCCUAUGCCGGAGAUCUUGCUGAAAGCCAUGGUCGGCAUUGCUCUGAGCUUCCGCUGGACAAGAUGGGCAGCCGUUACUUUGGCCACUUUUUACGCCAUAAAUCGGCCAGGAGAGCUGCUUAAGGCAAAGCGGAAGCACGUGCUUACUCCCGUGGAUCUGCUGGAGCCUGCUCAUGGCUGGAUGUACUUCAGGCUCCUCAAGCCAAAAACCAGGAGGCGAGCUGCUAGGACUCAGCACUCAAAGCUGAGUGACCCGACAGCCUUGGCUUUUCUGACGACGUUCUUUGCGACGCUGAACAGAGACGACUUGCUGUACCCUGGCAGCCCUGGAGUCUACAGACGGCGCUGGGACAAGAUCCUCGCGCUCUUGGGUGUACCUGCAAAGCUGAAGCUGACGCCGGGAUCCCUUCGGGCAGGAGGGGCCAUCUGCGCAUUUCAGCGAGGGGCUUCUGUGCAAGACCUACUCUGGCGGAUGAGAUUGCGAAGUUUAGCGACCUUGGAGUUUUAUCUGCAAGAGAUGUCGGCCAUCUCAAUCCUUCCUGAGCUGAAGGAGGCUACGCGUCGAAGACUGCUUGCAGCGGCAGCCAUCUACAGCGGCGUGAUGGCGGACUUUCCAAGGCCAUGA